UUGUUUGUUCACUUCUCUAAUAUAAUAUAAGCCUUAGCCAUCCUAGCUCAAUAAACGCCUCUCAUUGAUCAAAUCCAUGACUUACCAAUUUCUUGAUGUUGGUUAAUGAUGUUACUAGUUUUUAGCUUAGACAAUUGAGGUACAGCUGGUUGGUCGUUAAGGUGUCAGUUUAAUUCAGGACGAUUGAGGUAUAGUUGAUUGAUCGUUAACGUGUCAGUUUAAUUCUGGGAUAAUUGAGGUAUAGUUGAUUGAUGUUUAAUGUGUCAGUUUAAUCUGGGACAGUUGAGGCACAGUUGAUUGAUCUUGAGAGUAUGGAGCCUCUGUGCGAGGUAUGUGGGGUGGACAGGGCAGUGGUAUACUGUAAAUCAGAUGCAGCUAGACUUUGCUUGCAUUGUGAUGGAAAUGUGCAUUCAGCAAAUUGUGUAUCUCGAAAGCACACUCGUUCGCUUAUUUGUGGCAAAUGCAGUUCAGAGCCUGCAAUUGUACGUUGCACAAAUAGCCAAAUGUGCCUAUGUGAAAACUGCGAUUCGAGUGAAAAUGAGUCAGGCCAUCAACACCAGAAGUUGGAUUCUUAUAGUGGCUGUCCUUCUCCAGCUGAGUUAAUGACAAAGAUUUUGUCUGUAGCUUUUGAUGAUCAAAGGGCUAAUAAUGAUAAUAAUGUUACAAAUCCUAGCAGCUUUCAUACUUCUAGCUCAUUGAGUGUCAAUGAGAAUAAUAGUUCAGUGGUGGCUAGUAGACUCAAUGAGUUAGCUUCUUGUAUGAAGUUUGAACCAUGGACCAUUCCAACUCCAGCAAUUCCUUUAAGCCCAACAUUCAUGACAAGUUACAACAUAGAUCAAACACCUUUCUUCUCCGAGGGAUCUAACAUCACUAAGCAAAGUAGUAGCACUAUUAAAGAUCUUGGAGUUCAUGGAGGUGAUGAUAUUGCGAAAGGUGUUGAUUUGGACGAAUUGAGUUCCGAUUCUAGUUACAAGAUUUUUAGCAGUUUACAACAAAGUCAUUCAAGUUAUCAUAGUGAAGAGCGGGGAUUGGAUUGCCUAGUCUUGGAGAAAAAAUUAUCUGCCACUGGCUCUAAUAGUCAUGUUGAAACUGCUCUAGAGGCAUCAUCUGGACAGCAUGAAUGCAUCGGAUUUCAGUCAUCACAAGAGGCUGGAGGUGCUAGUUCCGAAAAAUUGCUGCAGACAGUGAGUGCCACUGCUAAUUUCAUGCUUAUGAAUCCCAGUUGCAACAGAAAUAUCGGCUUAACAUUUCCACCAGCACCAGUUCAUUCAAGGUCGUUGUCACUCUCCAACAUCACCGGAGAAAGUAGUGCAGGAACCGACUAUCAAGAUUGCGGAUUGUCACCCCUCUUUUUGACAGAUGAAUCGCCAUGGGGUUGGCCAUCAAAACCUAGUAGUCUACGGGCAAGGAAUGAAGCUAAGAUGCGAUAUAAUGAGAAAAAGAAAACCAGAACGUUCAAUAAGCAAAUAAGAUAUGCUUCGCGUAAGGCCAGGGCAGAUACCAGAAGGCGCGUUAAAGGAAGAUUUGUUAAGGCUGGGGAAGCUUAUGAUUAUGAUCCAUUAGGAACAACGGAUAUGUGAGAAGUUGAGCCUUGGAGCAACGAUCAAGUUGUUUCCACGUGACUUAUUCACGGGUUCGAUCAACUCAUGUAAUCACCCAAUAAUGCUUUCAUCAGGGUCAACUGUCUAUAUUACAUACCCUUGGAGUAACAAUAAAGUUGUCUCUGUGCGCCGAGCUAAGAUUUUUUUUUUAAUUAGUAAUAAGGGAUAAAUAAGUGAGCUAAGAAAGCUAAUUUUGGCCCCUUCUACAUUGUCAGAACUUGUCUAAUUGUUAAGGUAUCUCAGUACAAAGAUACUUGAACCAUCAAAUUCCUUUAUGACUAGUCGGAAAAGUUUAUGCUCUAGUGCUAGAGCUAAAAAAAUUGUCAUGUUGACUGUGUCUCUCAAUCCGACUCAGUUAUGACAGCAAGCCUCAAUGAGAUGGAUGCAUCCUCUGAGUUACCUGCAAACUACAAGGUGUUGAACGUGUACUUCUCUAAAGCUUUAAGUUUUUAGAUGAGUUGGUCAAACGAUUCAAUAUGGCCUCAAAGCAGAAAGACGUCAUGAAUCCAAGUCUCGCCGUUAUUGGUUAUCAAAAAGCACUUUUACGUGCUUAGUACAUCAAUAAAAGUAUACCUUUUUUUAAAAGCUUAAGCAUUUAUACGAGGCAGUCAUGCAAUUCAAGACAGGGUUUAGUCCAAGUGAAGUUUUAGUUUUUACAAAGCAUAUGUUAGUAUAUUCCCUUCCCUAUGUACUUGUACUAUGAUCCCCCAUGACACCUUCCCUUCCCUUAGUGCUAGUGGUGAUUGUAGUUAGAACUCUCAAUUUUGCUUAUUCAAAUGAUUGGUUUACAAUGUACCCAAUCUCUUAAGAAGAUAUGGUCUAUCCCUCCUCCUUCAAAUGUAAUCUUCUACCGGGGGUAAAUAUCUCAAAAGGUCAUUGAACUUUGAGAAAUUAUGUAGUAAAGUCAUUGAACUUUGCUACAUAUCAGUAAAAUCACUCAACUUUGGCCUAUUAUCUCAUAAAAUCACUCAACUACAUAUGUCAUCAAAAAAAUCUAACAAAGCAAUAUUAAUUAAUUAUUUUAUACCAUGUAGACGUGAGCGACACAAUAAAAUAAAAUAAAUCCAUGUCUUUGCAUACGGAUUGACCCUCAUCCAAAGCACAACAUACUCUUUAGAACAAACUU